AUGACAUUGCAGAACCAUGAUGGCGUGGGGAAAGUCGAGGAUGACGGCCAUGUCGAAUUGGCGAGGUGGAUGGACGUCGAGCCCACUUGUGGAGUUUUGCCGCUGAGCUCUGCGUCAGUCGGAGCGGUCCUGAGUCUCCAAUUGAAAAUUUGGCACUUCUUCUUCCCGCAUCCAAUGGAUAAGUCAAGCUCGGUGCCCCGGUACAUCUACAAGAUCGUCCCGAGCGCCCCUCCGGAACCGAUUCCAGACGCCUUUCCCCUGUCACGGCUGGAUGAGUCGGAUGGGUUCAUCCACCUCACUGCGAAGCACCGCAAUUCUGAAAAUUCUGACCAUGACCAUACACAGGUCCCCCUCACGGCAGGCAGGUUCUUUGCCUCUGCCGCCGAUUUGUGGCUGCUCAAGUUUGAGCUCGCCAAGUUCGAUGAUCCCAUCCGAUGGGAGGGUGGAUUCCCGCAUCUGUACGGCAACUUUGGCAACAAAGAUGUCGUCUCCAUAGAAAAGUUUGCACGCACAGGGGGCCGAUCGUGGGAAGCGGUCAUGCAGGAAUCAUCAUGGCUGGAGUAG